CCGCCGCCAGCCCCGCUCGGAGAGCCUUAAAGGCUUCCGCGUCCUCGAAAGGUCGCGCUGCCGAAACUCUGUGGGCCCGAGGGAAGCGAAGCCUCUUCCGGGACCACCCCUCGGGACACGUCGGCCAAAGGAGGUCGUUAGACACUCUUUCCCAAACCGCCCAAGAUCCUACUGGUCCGCGCUGGCUCGGAGCGAGCACGCAGCCCCCCACCCCCAUCCUCCUUUUUCUUUACGGUACCCUUUUUAGGCAACCCGCUCCCCACCCACAUCCACACCAGCGGGCGGGACCAGGGUGUGGGCGGGGCCAGACGGGUGUCGCUCCUCUGGGUUGGAGCACCCCUUAAGAGUCCCGGAGCUGCGCAGAGAAUUGGAGACCGAGCAGCAGGAUCAAGAGUCAACCAUGGCAGCGAUGUUUAGGCGAUGCUGCGGGGUCCUAAAAAGUCUUUCUCGUUCUGACUGGAGAUCACAGCAUACAAAAGCUGCCGUACAACGUGAACCAGGAUUGGGAUUUAAUUUUGAGCUCACUGAACAGCAGAAAGAGUUUCAAGCUACUGCUCGUAAAUUUGCCAGGGAAGAAGUAAUCCCAGUUGCUGCAGAGUAUGAUAAAACUGGCGAGUACCCUGUGCCCCUAAUUAAAAAAGCAUGGGAACUUGGUUUAAUGAAUACACACAUUCCAGGGAGUUGUGGAGGUCUUGGACUUGGAAUUUUUGAUGCUUGUUUAAUUACUGAAGAAUUGGCUUAUGGAUGUACAGGGGUUCAGACUUGUAUUGAAGCAAAUUCUUUGGGGCAAAUGCCUAUUAUCAUUGCUGGAAAUGAUCAACAACAAAAGAAGUAUUUGGGGAGGAUGACUGAGGAGCCAAUGAUGUGUGCCUACUGUGUAACAGAACCUGGAGCUGGCUCUGAUGUUGCUAGUAUAAAGACCAAAGCAGAAAAAAAAGGAGAUGAAUAUAUUAUUAAUGGUCAGAAGAUGUGGAUAACCAAUGGAGGAAAAGCUAAUUGGUAUUUCUUAUUGGCUCGUUCUGAUCCGGAUCCUAAGACUCCUGCUGGUAAAGCCUUUACUGGAUUUAUUGUGGAAGCAGAUACCCCAGGAGUGCAGAUUGGAAGAAAGGAAUUAAAUAUGGGUCAGCGAUGUUCAGAUACAAGAGGAAUUGUCUUUGAAGAUGUGAAAGUGCCUAAAGAAAAUGUUUUAAUUGGUGAGGGAGCUGGUUUUAAAAUUGCAAUGGGAGCUUUUGAUAAAACCAGACCACCAGUAGCAGCUGGUGCUGUGGGACUAGCACAAAGGGCUUUGGAUGAAGCUACCAAGUAUGCCUUGGAGAGGAAAACUUUUGGAAAGCUGCUUGUAGAGCACCAAGGAAUAUCAUUUUUGCUGGCUGAAAUGGCAAUGAAAGUUGAACUAGCGAGAUUGAGUUACCAGAGAGCAGCUUGGGAGGUUGAUUCUGGUCGCCGAAAUACUUACUAUGCCUCUAUAGCAAAGGCAUUUGCUGGAGAUGUUGCAAAUCAGUUAGCUACUGAUGCUGUGCAGAUUUUUGGGGGCAAUGGAUUUAAUACAGAAUAUCCUGUAGAAAAACUAAUGAGGGAUGCCAAAAUCUAUCAGAUUUAUGAAGGUACAGCACAGAUUCAAAGACUUAUUAUAGCCCGUGAACACAUUGGCAAGUAUAAAAAUUAAAGAGAUUGCUAUAAAACAUGAUUAAUUGUUGAGUAAUUAGAACAUAAUCUACUAUUUAAGAUAAAGGGCUUUACGAUAUUUCUGGUAAAAUCUUAAAAUAAUUGCUCUUACACUGAACCCAUACUACUGAUUCUAAUACUAUCUUUCCGCUUUUGUUUAAAUGACUUGUUUUUUCUCAAACAGGUUUGGUUUCACUAAAAUUAUGUGUUAUCCAUAUACCACUGUACUUGAAUUACAUUAACCUAGAAAAGUACAUUUGUUUUGUUAUUCUAACCACUUAAAGUAACAAAUUUUUUGGAUUUCAAUAUUUUUCCAGUGACAUUUUUGAAAAGUGGGCUUAUAAAAAUAUUCAGAAUUUUCCAAAAUUUACAUUGAGAAAGAAUUAUAGGAUUUGGAUGCCAUCACAUAACUUACUGGUGACUUUGUAGACUUCAUGGUAUUCUACUGGAGGAAUUUAUUUUGCUACAAUUUGGAAAGUAUUUGUUUUCAGUUUUGUAUAGUAAUAGUCAAAAAUUUGAUGUUCUUAUUCUCAUCAUACAAUGACCAGAAGUUAUUAGAAUCUUGUUUAAUUCUGAGCCUACAUGUCACUUGGCCUUAUUUAAAAAUAAAUCAAUAAAAUUUGCCUUAAAAUAUUUUUAUGAUUCUUGAUAUCUGAGUAGCCUUUGGUCUGUUGUACACAAUCUCAUUUCAUGUGCGUGCAUUAUGAAAAGAAAUAAAAUUGUUCAGUGCUUA